UCGAUUUAGGGAUUUGAGGAGGAGUUGUUGGAGAAGGAGGUGACGAAGGCGGCGGAGUCGCUGUCGUCUCGCACACUUAACCCCACGAACCCAACACACCCAUUUCUCCAGAACGCACUCAACUCCUCCGUCGUAGAUUCCAAGACCAGUGUGUCGUUUCUGUAGGUCCUGGCAGGGACUCGGCGAUUUCUGGGAUUUGGGUUGAUCCCUCUCUUAUGGCAGUCCCUCAUUCUUAAGGAAAAGGAUGUUCAGUGCUCCAAAAAGAAAAGAUAUAUCCAUGACCCAACAGUAAUAUAUGAGAUAUCAGCAAAACAAGGAAAUACAGUCCUGAUUCCUGAACCAUGUCCUUCCAGCUUCACAAUUGACAAGAACAAGUGCGUGCCACUUUCAAUGGAGAACCAGAGGAAUAAUAAGGUGGGGUAUUUACUGAUCGAACACCUGUUCAUGGACAAUCAGCAUAUCCCUCUGGUUCUCCAUCAAAAGCGUAUGCAUUUCUCCUUAUCAGAGACUCUCUGCUAAUGUUCCUGUUCAACUUCAUGAGAGGUUUCAAGGUGAGAGUAUCACUAGGUCCUCAGUUAUAGAGAAACCUGGAGACCAUGGAGAAGCACACUUAGUAGGUCUGGGUGGAACUAGAAUUCCGUAAACCAUUUCUAAUAUUAAGUUAUGCUGGAGGGUAAGGAACAUUUUUUCCCUUUGUGUUUUCCUUGCUUAUUUGGCUAGUAGUCUUGGUUAAAUUGUUUACCUGUUCUGGGUAGUCAUUUUGUUUUUAUUUGUCAAAAUGAAGUUGAAUGAUCUGAUAGCGGCAGGGGACAUUAAGCAUUGGAAAUAUUUGCCAAUGGUAACGUUUGAGAGCAAAAUUUGGGAAUAUCUAGGUCGAAAAUGCAUCAGCCAUGAAGACCGUCGAUUGAGUUUUGAUUGGGAUUCUGGAAGCACACACGUCUAUCAUUGUUACGUCAACGUGGAUGGGAGUUACAGAUUCAAGCCAGCCAGAACUGUUGAUUUUGGCACCUGUGAUCAAUCGGUUCCAGAGGCAUAUCCAGAUAAGGAUGAGGAGACAAAUGGCUACUUGGCACAAUAUUCGUCAACUGGUUUUACUGAUAUGGGGAACACAACUGAUGAAGGUUCUUAUUUUGGCAAGGACAAAUCAUUGGAGCUCAAUCUAUUCAAGGUUGAUAGUACAUACCUAAUGAGAAAAUUAGCAUUGUAG